AUGUCCGGCGGGACGAUUCGGGAGCGGGCUGCAGCCUGCCAACAACUGUUUGCACAAUGCCUGUCUCUGACACACGGCGAACACAUGGCCUGGUUCGAGAUGCGCCGCGGCGAGUUCAACAUCUGGGCUUUUGGUCUGCAGGCUCUAAGUUCUGGCAAGUCAUCGCUCGACUAUCGUGUGAGGAACCGAAGUGAUGUCAGCGGGAUCAUAGUCGCUUUGCUGGGCGGCUUGUCGGAAGAUCUCGAAGAUUGCAUUAGUAUAGACAGGAAGCUCUCAUCAGAAGCUACUGGCGAUGUCGCCUCGUCAGAACUCGACGAACAAGGCGGCGAAGACUUUGAUUUCGCCGGCUUUUCCGAUGAUGAAGCAAGCUCUGAAUCUAGUGCCUCGACAUCAGAAGGUGGACCGUUUUCUCUACAAAUGUACAAUAUCAGGACGAUUAUUGCCCAGCUGACGCGGUUCUCAUCCAUGAUUCGGAGAUCGGGAACAAAGUUCCGCUUCAAACGAGCAGACGCAGCCCUUGCUCUCAGGGAGUCGGAAUUCAACGAGUUUAAGGAGCAAUUGACGAACAUGGUCAUGAUUAGAAGCAUCAAAUUUGAUGUUGGAGACCCGACGAGUUUCGAGGUAUUUCAAGAUAAGAUGAAUACUGAUCUACUCACACCAGUGCAAAAGCGUCUUAUCCAUGGCAACGUCCUCAGGAGGAAUAGGAUUGUAGAGGCCACAAAGGACAUGCGACCAAUCGAACCCCAGGCCAAGGGCGGGCUGGAGGAUCCAAUGCACGAUUCGACGUUCAUGCCAGAAAUCAAAAUGCCAAUUCCAACACCGAUGCCGCAUGUCAAAGCAGAGCCGUCAAAAGCAGGCGGUACAGUCAAGUCUAGCGCUCAGUCCAGAGUCGGCAGUAUCGCAAGAAGCGCGACCGAGAUUGGGUCUCAACUGGGCUUGCAACUGGCGCCGCCCAAAGCAGCCCCUUCAGUCAUGACCAAAAUGACCAAGAUUGGCAUCAGCCAAGACUAUCCUAAAUGCCCAAAGCCAAUCUCGGAUGAUUUCAUACAGUGUCCUUACUGUGCCGAUGUACUCCCCACUGAAUACAGGAGCCACAGCUCGAGAUGGAGAGGUCAUGUGGCUCAUGAUAUCCUGCCUUAUAUGUGCUUUUACGAAGAGUGCCCAUUGGCGGAUGAAAUGUACUUGACCUCGGAGGAACUGAUCAGUCACGUUCGAGAAUAUCACGCAACAACAAUGUGGACAUGCAAUUUCUGCCUCCCCACAUCCAGCGAGACCAAGUUAUGCGUUUUUGGGUCAUCAGUCCAAUGGCAAGAACACAUGCAACAGGCUCAUGGAGGCAUCGUACCUGUGCAACAACUCUCGUCUUUGGCUCGCGUCAGCGAACGCCAGGUCAUCCAGGCCACGUCCUGCCCCCUGUGCGCGCAUACGCCCGUGGGGAUACAGACUACAGUUGAUCAGCACAUUCUUCAGCAUUUACAUGAAUUCGCCCUCUGGAGCCUACCACCAGGAGUCAAUCGUGAUACGGAAGGCUCGAUUUCGAAUAGUUCAGUUGGUGGCUUGAGUAUCAAUACUGACUUGGACGAUUCGGAUGAGAAAGAGCCGUAUAUUGAAAUCAAUUUACUUCCAGAGGGCAUCAACACGCUGAUAAAGCACUUGCAUUCCCUUGCCAGGACGAAGGGAGGCGACUCUGGUCUUCCUGUCGAUCUCACGCGCUGCUUCAGUCUUCUAGAUUCCUUCGCCUCUAUGAAUGAUCGGGAAUGGGAUCAAUUGCAAGUAAUAUAUCCGCAUGCGCUUGCACGGCUACAAAUGAUGGUUCAAGGAGGGAGUUUUGCUUUUCCGUCACUUCCAUCGAUGUACCUACCUGGCGAGAGCCUCGUGAUUGACGUUCUUGACCCGCUUCAAAUCGAGCUCGAAGUCUUGAAUGAUAUCCGUUCAGAGAAUACCCCCACGUUAGAUGAGCUGCCCAUUAAGCCGAAGCUCGACUUGACCGUUCCACGAUGGCCUCACCUGGAACCGAGAUACAGCACACCCUUUUUCAAGGCUCUUGAAACUUUCGUAUUUGGAAGACAGAACGGAUUCCUGGCUCUUCUAGAUAUUCCAAUGUUUUCAGCACGUCCACUUUUUUCUGAAUUCGCUUUGCGCUUCAGGCCUCCUGGCUCACGGAUAUUCUUUAUAGAUCUUGAUGGGGCUGAUUUCAACCGGGUGAUGGGAAUCGGCGACCUGGAUAAAGCAUUUCGACAGAUGGCCUCGCAGCUCCUGGACACGCCGGACUUUUUGGACGUUCUCGUGCAGGCUGGCCGCGGCAGUGGCCUUGUUGAGGCCAUGCUCCGGGUAGCCAACAGCAGAGCCAAAGAGCAGUGGGUAGUCAUCAUCCACAACAUUCUCAUGCCCCUGGGUGAGUUCUUGCGCCGAGAUACAGCCAAAGAUGACUGCAUACAAAUGCCGAGAAUAUCACACCAGGGGUCGGUCAUCAUCACUAGCUUUCAGAAGCACCCGCAGUCGCCGCUUCCUGAGCCGCUGGAUGUGCACAGAAUCUUCUACCGCCGCCCCGGGCUUAGUUUCUAUCGAACUGAUGAUGUCAACUAUGCAAAAAGACAUCGAAUUGAUACCCCGAGUGCUGUUCCUGCAUCUCUGGCUUCGGACAACCUUCUUAGCCAGACCAAUAACAGCACCAUCAGUCGCGAUAAAAGCAGCGAUGAAGACAGAUAUCGAGAUGCUGUCGCAAGUGCUUCUUCUGCACGUCUGACUUUUAGACCAAAAGAUGACAAGAGCAAUCGGCCACAAGCACCUCAAUCUCGUGAUGAUACUUCGCCCAUCCCACCCAAUGGUGCAGCGGGCUAUGACGACAACCCGACAUAA